UUGCGUAGUUUCUAACUUUCCAUUUUUUAAAAUCUUAUUGACUAUAUUACAAUACAGUAUACAGAGUAACUUUAUAUAAUUCUAUCUCAGAUCAUCUUUUUGACUUAGUUGUGUUUCAUAAAAUUGACCUCGCGAAAGGGAAAGAUUAUCCUAAUAGAAGUAUUUGUUUUCAAAUAACAUGUGUUCUAACAACCUGCAUGUAUUUCCAAGCAAGUUUUAUCAGUUUGUUAUGUUGUGCCACAUAGAAAAUCCUAUCAUCAUAUCAUGAAUAAUAAUGAGACGCUGAGUACUAUCACUUUUGAUGUGCUAUUAAAGAGAAGAGAAAGGUUAUUUUAGGCAAAUAAGGAAGUGGUUGGAGAGCGUACUAGCGUAGCAUUCACACGACAAGUGAAUCGUUCCAUUUCAAUUGAGGACAUGUUAGGAUUGAAUUGUGAGUUGUUUGCUUUUUCCAUUGAAUUUGGUUUUAGUAUCUAAUUUAAAGCUAUUUGGGGUAAUAUUCUUUUUUCUCAUUGUCUAAUAAGGUUUGAUUUUUUUAACUAACCUAAAUUGUGUCUCUAUUACUUUUCAGCCCUUUUGGUGAGGUGUCUAUGGAAUAUCACGCAACCCAACUACGAACCCCUCAUGCACCAAUUUUAUAUGCAGGAUGUGUUGUAGACUUGUAUAAUAUAAUCAGCUAAUUUUAGGUUGUGGUACCAUUCCCAGCUAUCAAAAUAUCUGACGAUUAACAAACAACAUCAUAUAUCUAACCCGACACCGCCCAUUUGUUCAGAUAACCACCCUGCAACAUUAAGUUUUGCAUCCAUCCUAGCACCUGCAAUGCUAUGCCCACUGCCCCUUAGACGGUUCUGGAAUUAAGAGGCAAAGAAUUUAAAUUCUACAAAAUAUCCAACAUUGAUAGCAAAAUUUUUCUCCCAAGCAUAAUGAAAUACGUCCAUUCUAGCUUUGCUUUGAGAAACAAACUGCUUGAAUCGUUUUUGAUCAGUGAGUUGGACAUCUUGAAUGAUAUUGUUGAUCUACAGCAGCCAAUUUGAAAAUAUCAAAUAUCAAUGUUACUUGCAUUCUGGUCAAGUUUAAUACUCCAUUAGUCCCAAAGUGAAGAUAAUUUUGGGAUUUUGUGUCAAACUUUGACCAUUAAUUUUUCUUUUAGUAAACAGUCAAAAAAUAUAUUUUUUCUAUUUUUUAUAUUUGUGGGAUUUAGUCCUCCCCUCUUUGUUCUCUUCUGUUUGAGGGGCUUUGGUUGGCUCCUCUCCUUUAUUAUUUAUCAAUAACAUUUCUUUCUUUAAAAAAAUAUUUAUUAGGUCUACUGUUGGAAACUUCUUAGAGGAGAAUAUCGAGUCAUGCAUUCGUGAUUAUCCGGGAAUAAUUACAACAACCGGAAGUUUCAAGAGAGCACACAACUACAAUCAUGUCAUAUUUAAACUAUAUCAUGUGUCCUAACAUCAGGGAGAAAACAUAUUUUCAAAUACGAGGCUAUUGCGCGCUCAUUGUUUUGCUCUGUAACUAUCCCUUGGUUAUAUCAAUCAGUGUAUUGUGCACUUAAUAUCUCCACUCUAAAUAUUUCAUCAACCAUGUUCACUUGGUACUCUUCAUGUAUUCUCGAAGGACACAUAUGAGUGAGCAUGUGCUUAUAUUGCAGGUCCUACCCCAAGCCAUUGGGGACUUGCGUAUACUGAGAAGGCUUUUUUUGAAUUUUUCAGUAGCACUUCUGCAUAUAAUGGUGAGUUUAAUUAGAAUAUCACACGCUGAUUUUUAAUUUUUGUGCCAAUUGAUGUUUUUGCUUUUGUGCCUGACCUUGAAUGGUUUCCAAUUUCUUAUAAUACCUUCCACUCUUAGUGGUAGUCAUAUGAUAAUCAAUAUUAAGCUUCUCUUCUCUUGAAACUUGAUUUCCACUUUUCUCAUGCCCAUCAAAAGUGCAUGUUAACUACUUAGAGUGGACCAGUGAAGUAUAAUGCUUUUGAACAUCUCAAGGUGGUUUUAAACAUUGUAAGAAUGACAUUUAGCCGGCCUCAAGCAUGAUGCUGCCAUGAACAACAUGGCGUGUGAGCACCACACAUUUACCCAAGCUCAUUAUCAAUGGGCUGCACGAGGGACGUCCCACUGUAGCGAAUAGUCCAGAUAAUGAGGCUAUUUUAGUCUCAACUUAAGAGCUAACCUAUAGUACAAGGACGGCUUUCAUCACUGCUUACAUGUGUCUGUGGUUAUGCACUGCUUCUGUGGUCUUAGAUGAUUAUGUAAAAAUAGGUUGGCUCAGUGCAUCUUUGGAAGUCCUCACUUUGUUUAUGCUGUCAUCAGUGUUGAUUUUUCUAUCAAACACAGUCACAUGGCCAUGACUAACAAAAUGCAUACUUCUUAUCCCUGCUUUUACUCCUCCCGACAUAUAUAGCAGAGAUUUCCCGUAGAUAUUGUCACAUUAUAAAGGCAUCUACAAAAGAGAUGUAGCGAGAAGGACUGAAUCCUAAAUCAACCCCGUCACAGCACCAUAUACCAAGGCUAAGAAGAAAAAGGGCAGUCUGCUGUUGCCAUAGCUUGAAUGCCACAUAGAAGAAGAAGGGCAGUCUGCUGUUGCCUUAGCUUGAUCUGGAGUGAAGAUGAUUUUGCAGAGGAUCUUUUUGUGGAUAUUCAAGAGCUCAUGUCUAAAAAAAAUAAGGCAAGAAACUAGAGAUAUUACACUUCAAGCUCUAAAAGAUAAGAAAAAAAGGAAAGCCAUAAAGAAAGCUCUAAAAGGUAAUAUGAGAGGCGGUCUUCUUGGUUUUUCCUCCCAACUUUUACUUAGCUAUAUGAAGUUCGUUAUUCUUUUAAUGUUUUUUUGCAUUUGGAUUGAUACAAUAUUUCUUUGAGUUACCUCUUAAUAGAUUAUUACAUAGUAGUAUAUUGCUUUGAGUUAGCUUACUACUGCUCUGCCAUGAUGAUAUUGCAGUGAGCUUAAAUUACCAUUCCCUGUGUGGUUGUGUGUUGGUUUUUUUUAUGCUGGUAUGUGGCUACACAUUAGGCCUAAUGACAAUACCUUAUUCAGUGCAGCCUUGAGAUUAUUUUAUUGUUGGAUUUGUGGCUACACAUUACGGUUUUGGCAAUAGCUUGAAAGGAUAACAUUUACAAGAUGCUGCAGAUUUUCCCUCUUAUUCUUUAUUGAAGGAGAUGGAGUGUUUAUUUGGUGCUCAGAUUUUCUCUCAUAUUCUUUAUUUAGUGGUAUUACUCGAGAGUUCUGAUGCGAGAAAACUUGACUUCAUUUUUAACAUUUCGUGUUCAAUAGGUUGGUUAGCCUGCACUACGACUGGUUCGGGAUGUUGAUAUUCUUAUACUGUUUUUAAGGUUUUC